AUGAGCGAAACGAAAGAGAAUUUGACACGAAUACGAGCCGUACGCGGGGGAAAUCGAGGAGUUAUCACAAAAUUAAUAAACGAAGCGGAAGGACUUUUAAAGGAAGAAAUCUUAGAACGAGGACGAUUGAACACGAUAACCAGUCUACUAGAAGAAAAACUGAAAUACGUAAAGGAUUUGGAUCAAAAAAUAAUCGAAAUUUGUGAAGUUGCAGACAUAGCAGCUGAAAUCGACGAGGCAGAAGAGUUAAUAUCGAGAGUUUUAGACACUCAGCGACAUAUAUUGGAGAAAAUACGCGAAGUCGAAGAAGUUCAAAGGGUACAGGAAAUACAAAGUAAGAGUCCGUCUAAUGUGCAUACGAAUACUGCGAACGAGGAGCCAAUCAGCGUCAAUGUCCGAGGGCUAGAGGCCCUGGGAGUCGAUUCCAGUCAAUAUGGCAGCCUAUUGAUACCAGUUGUCAUGUCGAAAUUACCACAAGACGUCCGACUUCAAAUUGCAAGAAAUACAGCACAAGAUGUGUGGGAAAUGUCAGAACUGUUAAGUGUUAUUCUAAAGGAAGUCGAAGCUAGAGAGAUAAGUGAUGGAAUUAAAGUAACUGCUGAGAAGGGCAAGAUUCCACCAACUAAGCCACCACCCCAUGGUUCUGCUGCAGCGCUGUUGGCUAAUGGUCAAACCUUUGGCAAUAAAAUUCAAUGUGUAUAUUGUUCUGGUAAUCAUUUUUCUGCCUCUUGCACCCAGACAAGUGAAGUACAGGCUCGACUAGAAAUCCUAAAACGAGAUCGACGAUGUUUUGUUUGCCUCAAAAGGGGACAUCGAAGUAAUCAGUGUUCUAAUCAAAGGGGUUGUAGACGAUGUAAUGGUAGACAUCAUCAGUCUAUCUGCAAUCAACAAAUUACGAAAACGAAACCUAAUGUGGAAGAACAAGCAGCCCCAACAAAUGGAAAUGAAGGUGUUCAUGGUACCCAAACCUUGCAACAAAUCCAAAAUCGAACUGAAAAUCCAAACCCUAAUACCCACACUGUUCAUGUACAGAGCACCACUGCUACAACUAUUGCGAAGGGACAUGUUAUGUUACAAACUGCGACUGCUGUAGCAACCAAUGUAGACGGAUCUAAAUCAUCGAAGGUGAAAAUUUUAUUCGACAGUGGAAGUCAACGCUCCUACAUCACUGAGGGCUUGAAGUCAAGACUAAACCUAGAGCCGAGGAAGACCGAAACGCUUCACCUCAACACCUUUGGCGAGCGAAGUUAUCGAAAGCAGAAAUGUGAAGUAUCACCAUUGGUACUCCGAAGCAACAAAAACGAAGAUGUUAUUAUUUCAGCACUUAGCUUUCCUGUCAUUUGUUCGCCGUUAAUUACGAAGAUUGAAGUAGAUCAGUAUCCCCAUUUACAAGGGUUGCAACUGGCGGACAGUUCCGAUUCAAACGAUUCCAUCGACGUCCUGAUUGGUUCCGACCAUUACUGGGACCUAGUAGAAGGUGAUACAGUCCGAGGAGAAUUUGGUCCAGUAGCAAUUGAUAGCAAGUUUGGUUGGCUUCUAUCUGGCCCAACCAACAAUGACUCAUUCAAUGAAAUAUGUACAACCAAUUUGGUAAUAUUGGGAAGUAGCGAUAACCAGUCAGAGACCACGCAAGAUCCGCUUGUUGAUAUGUUAAGGAAAUUUUGGGAGACGGAAUCGAUUGGCAUCAAAGGUGAUCCAGAGCCUAAAGAAUUUAUCGAGUCCUUCAACGAGAGUGUACAUUUCAACGGAAAACGAUACCAAGUCGAGUUACCAUGGAAACAAGAUUGCCCAUCAAUACCGAGUGAUUAUCAGUUGUGUGAAAAUCGCCUCAGAUCUCUUCAUCGCAAGAUGUUACAGCAACCAGAGUUAUUACAAGAAUACGACCAAAUUAUCCAACAGCAGAUACAAGAUGGUAUUGUAGAGAAGGUUCCAGACGAAGAAAUUGAAAUUACUAAUGAUGAAUCUGUUAAUUAUUUACCGCAUCAUGGAGUUAUACGACGAGAUCGUGAAACAACAAAGCUUCGAAUUGUCUACGAUGGAUCAGCCAAGCCACCAGAUCGUGAGUAUUCAUUGAACGAUUGUCUGGAGACAGGCCCUAACUUUAUCCCUCAGUUGUUUGACACACUGGUCAAAUUUAGAUGGCAUAGAAUUGGCCUAACUGCAGAUAUAGAGAAAGCCUUUCUCAUGGUGGCAAUUAACGAUCUUGAUAAAGACAUGUUACGUUUUCUAUGGCUAAAGGAACCAAACAAUCUGAGUUCAGAACUUGUACAGUUGCGAUUUACCCGCCUGGUAUUUGGCCUCCGACCAUCCCCAGCAAUUUUGAGCUCAACGAUCCGACAUCACUUGGAAACGCAAAAAGACGUCGACCCUCAAUUGAUCGAACUGCUAAAGAAAUCCCUCUAUGUUGACGAUUUCGUAUCAGGUGCAGACAACGAGAAGGAAGCUUCGGAAGUAUCAUCGAAUGCGAAGUUAAUUAUGCGAAAGGGAGCAUUUAACUUACGAAAGUGGAACACUAACUCGAGUAACCUUAAGAAGACAUUUGCAAAUCAAAGUUCUCCGAAUGCAACUAAUGUGAAAGGCGUCACAGAAGAAGACGAGUCUUAUGCAAAGACUGUCACUGCAACAACAAUUAAACCGAAUGACAACACAACUAAGAUAUCAGCAAAGAUCUUUGACCCGCUUGGCUUACUAAGCCCUUUUACUAUACAAUGGAAAGUGCUGUUCCAGUUGUUGUGUAACGAAAACAUCGAAUGGGAUGAUGAAUUAAUCGGCGAACAUUUGAAUAAAUGGAACUUACUAAUAUUAGAUCUUCAAUCUCUGAGCAAUGUGUGUGUACCAAGAUGUUACUUUGAAAUAGAUGGCAAGGUUCUUUCGAUUCAAGUUCAUUGUUUUAGCGACGCGUCAGAGAAAGCAUAUGCAGCAGCAAUAUAUCUUCGUUCGAAAUACGAAAGUGGUCUUGUAGAUGUCAAUUUGAUCGCAGCGAAGACCAGAGUCGCACCAUUAAAAAGGCAAACUAUACCUAGAUUGGAAUUACUCGGAGCGAACAUUCUUGCAAGACUCGCCAAUAACAUUCAGAAUGCCUUAGAAUUACCUCAAGAUGUCGAAAUUUAUUACUGGGUUGACUCGAAAACAGUGUUGUAUUGGAUAAAGAACGCCAAGCCGUGGAAGCAAUAUGUGCUUACAAGAGUGAAAGAAAUUCGUGAAUGCACCGCUCAAGAUUCGUGGAGACAUUGCCCAGGCUUAGAGAACCCUGCAGAUCUUCCGUCACGAGGAAUGAAUGCCAACAAAUUAGUAAACGAGAAACGAUGGUGGGAGGGCCCCGAAUUUCUGUACAAAUCCGAAACAGAAUGGCCGAAAAAGGUCGAGAACAAAGAAAACGAGGCCUCCAUGAAUGAAGUCGUAAAGAAUCCUACUACGGUAACCCAUACGUUGACUAACCUUUCAACCGAAUCCGUCCGGUUAUUUUCUCAUGCCAACAUCGGAGCAAUAAUGGAUUGCAACGAAUUCCACUCGAAGACGAAGUUGUUAAGAGUUACAACAAUGGUUCUGCGAGCUGUAAGGAAGAUGAAGCGUAUCGAAGUGGCGAAUGAAAGUGAACAAUUAAACGCUGAAAAUCUGAAAGAAGCGGAAAUGUUAUGGUUGAAAAGCAUCCAGUUAUCAGAAUUCUCUGAAGAAAUUCGACGUCUGAAUUCAAGUCACAAGAAUCCGAAUCAACUAAUCAACCAAUUGAAUCUCUACCUUGAUGUGGAAAAGAUCAUUCGAUGUAAGGGAAGACUUGAAUACUCAACGAUUUCAACCGAAGCCAAAGAACCAAUCCUCCUACCGUCUAGACACCACUUUACGAAGCUUAUAAUCGAAGAGGAGCACAAACGAGUUCACCACAACGGUAUCAAGUCAACUCUCAAUGGCGUACGAGAAAGUUACUGGAUAUUACGAGGAAGAGAAACAGUCAAGCGUGUUUUGAAAGGGUGUGUGAUAUGUAAGAAGAUUGAAGGUAAGGCGUUCCAGACUCCGAGAGAGCCAUCAUUACCUAGUUGUCGUGUAAGCGAUGAGCCGCCAUUUACAAACAUUGGCGUUGAUUUUGCGGGACCGUUGUUAGUAAAGGAAGGUGAUAAAACUGUGAAAUCGUACAUUUGUUUGUUCACAUGUGCGUCUACGAGGGCAGUACACUUAGAGUUAUUGAAAGAUUUAUCCACGAACAUGUUUUUGACGGCUUUUCGACGUUUCAUCAGCCGAAGAGGAAUGCCAAGAAAAAUUCUAACCGACAAUGCGAAAACUUUUAAAGCUGCUGCCAAGGAAGUAACCAAGAUAUAUCAUUCAAACCAUGUCAAACGUUAUCUCGCGGAUAACGGUAUUUCGUGGGAAUUUAUCACGGAAAAGGCCCCCUGGCAUGGGGGAUUUUGGGAACGUUUAAUCAAGAGCAUCAAACGCUGUUUAAAGAAGCAAAUCGGACGAACUUCGUCGACUUUCGAAGAACUUCGAACUAUCCUUGUAGAAAUCGAAGCAACCUUAAACAAUCGUCCAUUAACAUACAUAUAUGAUGAUGAACAAGGUGUCUCUUACCCUCUUACGCCAGCGAGUUUGAUUUAUGGACGUCGAAUCUCAACAGCUCCUAACGACAGCCAGCACGAGAUAAUGAGUACAAACAAGUCACUGACGAGACGUGCCAAGUACCAAGCUAGAGUUCUUAAGAAUUUUUCAGAUCAAUGGAGAAAAGAAUAUUUGCUAAGCAUCCGAGAAUCAUCAAGAGCACAGAACAGUGGGUCUAAUGUUAUAAGUGUAGGCGAUGUAGUCACCCUCAAGAACGAUAGUACAUCUCGUAUAUAUUGGAGGUUAGCCAAAGUAGAAAAUCUUCUUCGAAGUAAAGAUGGAGUUAUUCGUUCGGCAGAAGUCAGAGUUUUAAGUAAUGACAAUAAGAAAACUGUGGUCUUACGAAGGCCUAUUCAGCAUCUGAUUCCUCUAGAAGUCCAAGGUACAAGCAAAGUCCAAAGUAGCGAUGAAGUCCAAGAUGCGAGCGAAGUCCAAGUUACGAGCGAAAGUCAAAUUAUCGACGAAAUUAAAAAUUCGAGCGAAGCUCAAGGUACAAGCAAAGUCCAAACUAUGGAUGAAGUUCAAGAUACGAACGAAAUUAAGAGACAAAGUGACACUCGGCCAAGACGUAAAGCAGCUGUUAACGCAGAACUAAUUCGAAGGACUUAUCAAUGGAGAUAA